AUGUGUGAUAACAAGUCUGUGCGUCAUAUUUCACAUAAUCCAGUUUUUCACGAGUGCACUAAGCAUGUUGAGAUGGAUUGUUUCUUUGUUAGGGAAAGAGUUGAGUUCAAAGAAAUCACUCUGGUUUGUGUUUCUUCACAAGCUCUACUAGCCGAUUUACUUACUAAACCUCUUGGUUCAGACAGGGACGCGGUGGUUCGCACCUCCUGGACAUCAGCAAAUCCUGGUUGGAGGUUUCUUUCCUGCCCUCAAAAGGAUCAAUACCACACCCUUCUCAGUUCAUCUUCACCAUAUGUGGCUCGAUUUUCAGUGUCACCAAAAAAUCCACCCCAACCACACCCUCCAAUCCUCCAGUACCACGGUAUCAGAAGACGAAAUAGAGGGCCGAUCGAAUAA